AUGUUACAAAGCAGUGCAAAGGUACAUGUGCAUAUCCAGAACAGGCAAGGAAAAAACAUCAACCUUCAUUGCAGAUCCAAGGAUGAUGAUCUUGGCUACCACAACAUAGAAAAUGGAACUGAAUAUAGUUGGUCAUUUCGUCCCAAUUUUUGGUACACAACGUUGUUCUAUUGUGCUGUGCUGAUGGAUCCUGAUCCUGUAUGGUACCAUUUUGACGCCUAUCGUCAAAGCAGAGACAGCUAUAGAUGUGAGUCACAGUGCUCAUGGGCGAUACUCAAACAUCACACCUUGAUCGGAUAUAAUCAGAAAACUGGCAAUUGGGAGCGUUUCUUUUUUCGUUCAGAUCGAUUGCUUUAG